GCAGGAUUUGCUGAGGAGCAUGUGCCUGGGCAGGGCUCUUCCAGCGCCUGCUGCGCCGCAAAUGUCCGCGUGAUCACGCGCGGCUGCUUCCAAGCGAAGCUCCAGGAGGAGGAGCACGAGGAAGAAGAGGAGCACGAGGAAGAAGAGGCACAAGCAGUGUUGACGUCGGCCUUUUCGGCUGCAGCGGUGGAGGUUUAGGCCUGUCUUGUACAACGCGUGCUCCUAACAGCCUGAAGGGCGCAAUGGCCGAGGUCGCCGAUGCGAGCAGUCUGGAGGCGGCGCAGCCAUUGGUGAGCACUUCGGCCGAAGACUCCCCAAAGCCAAGGCUCUCAUGGAAAUGCCCGCUUUAUUGUUGCGGGUGUACCGUUUGCUCGCUCGCGCUCUUGCUCGCCCUUGGGCUCUAUGCCAUCGUGAAGAUCGGAGCCGAAAGCGGCGUUGCGGUCUUCGUCACGAUAAACGACACCAAGGUCCAGGAGUUUUGUCAUCAGGGCUUGACAAUGGAUAACAUCACCUUUAACAACUGGUGGCCGGGGUGUGGGUAUGAAGAGGUCACGCAGAGUUGUACGCACCCUUGUUACAACGCCAGUAUCCUCGAGGACAUGGACGCUUUUAACAAGAACGCCAACGGGAGUAUUGUGACCUACCAGAGUCGCCCAGGAACCAGUUACGAUGGCAGUCCCAUCGGUGUAGUCGAUUUGGCAGGAUGGUGGCUGCCGGCGCCUGGCGACUCGCCAGCGUCACCAGCGCCCCGAAUCGUGCUACAGCAUGGCUUCACAUCAAACUCGAACAAGCUCUUUCCGCAGUUUGCAGCGUACAUGCUCCGCUCCCUUGGAUUCAGCGUUCUUGUGCCAAACUUCCGGGACCACUGCUACUCGGGCAACACCUCCGAGCACGUCUACCAGUGGAGCAACGCGUACCCCUACGACCUGCUUGGCGCCUGGGACUACGCCAGGAUGGACCCCGAGGGUCUCCUCGGCGGGCCUCGGGACACCGGGCAGGUCGGGCUCAUGGGGUUCUCCAAGGGCUCCUUCGUGUCCUGUAUCGCGUUCGGCCUCGAGGGCUCUGUGCCGGCCGCCUGGCUGGACUCCGGACCCUGGAAGCCCAAGUCGGUGUUUGAGCACGGCGCCCGCCAGACGCUCGACGGGUGGGGGAUUGGCUUCGCGAGCGACAUUCUCAUAGGCCCCACCUGGGACGCCGUGAAGAAGGCGGCGCUGGAGAAGGGGGUCGACCUCGAUUGGCAGCUUCCGGAGCACACGCUCCCAACGGGGCCAGACACGAUGAGGCCAGUAUACAUCCUCCAAAACAUGGACGACGAAACGGUGCCCGUUGCUGAGAACUACCUGCUUAGAGACAUGCUUGCAAAAUAUCCCGAGAAGUACACCGUGGCAGGUGAUUGGGUGUUCACGGGCAAGUGCCAUGGGGGCGCCCACCUCUUCGAGAUGUUUCGAAGCUAUACGGAGUACAGAGACCAGCUCUGCUCGUUCUGGUCGGCCGCUUUCGGGCUGGGAGAGUCGCACUGCAAAAAGUAUGCGUGAACUGCCGAGCCUGGCCUGAGGCGCUCGACCAUGGCUGGCUCGGGCUGCCGCGACCGUGCCGCCUUCCGUCGGGGGCCUCGGCGAGACGCGCCAGCAUCUCGGCUGCGUGCCUCCCUUCUUCUUCUCUUCUCGUUCCCCCCCCUCCCCCUCCCUCCUCGCCCACCUCCCCCCCUCUCUCCGACUUCGUUUGCUGAGGAUGUCUCGAGCGAGGGCCUCGCCUGCAGCGAAAGCCUCCCUCUGCAGCAUGUGUUGAUGAUUCGUGUGAGGUGUACCGAAUUAGGCGAGGUGAUGUGUUUGUUCGCCCUCUUCUGUCUCCCGCCGGCUUUUGUACAAUUCGCCUACCUAGCAGCGCCCGCGCUUAGGCCACGGUCGCGGUAUGCGAUCGCCUAAGCUGCGAUUAACAGUGUGUGUGUGUGUGUGUGCCCUUCUCCUCUCCUGUCUUCCUGCUCCCCAAUGCUUUCUUUGCUAGAGCCAUGACUGAGGCAUCUUGCUCUCCAUUCCCUGGAGGGUUCGGCCGCAUCCUGAAGAUCACAGCAAGGGUCAAGCCCCUUGGCCCACCCCCCCGUACAAACACUGUAGCGCCAAAGGGUGCAGUAGCAGCAGCGGCAGCAGCAGGAAUUGCGGAGCCAACUUCGCAGCAGGGUUGGG